UGUAGCACAGACAUCUCUUUCCAUACACCUACCUCUCUCUACCUACCUACAUACUCACCCGGGCACUACGUAGGUAGUUUUAGUGUCCUCUUAAAUAGCUUGCCGUCUGGUAUUAUCAAGAGAGCCUCAAGAAGGAAGACAAGGAGACGAAAGGGAAAACAGACCAAAGUCAACUGAUGAUGGGAAUGAAUGCGCAUUGCAUCUAGGCUGUGAGCACGUUGGCAACUCGGUCGAGUCUCGUCGACAACUAGUCCUAGAUAGCCAUCAAGAUGAACCAUGAUGCACAGCCUGCGAGAGCCCGGCCGAGUCUACUCUUAGACCGUCAUGGCUCCCGGCGUGAGCUUCUCAACCGCCUCACUUGAAUUCCUCGUCGACGAUGGCACCACGGAUGCCACGGAUGCCACGACGGAGCCCGAUGACUAUUCAUCCGUCUCCUCCGACGAUAUGCACAUCGGCCUUUCCUCGCGCCCCCAGCUGCCCCUGAUUCUUUCCCACGGCUCCGUUUCCAAGAGCCUACCAUCAACCUUGCCUAGCGGCAUCGUGUCACGGAGGACCGGUCCACCACCUCGCAGCCAGUCGACGCGCCCGCAUCCAACGUCUGAUCACCAGCGCCCUUCAACCUACUCACCGCGGCCACAGCUAUAUCAUCCACCACCACCGCAUACUCCUCUCCGUCCCCGUGCCCCUCCUCCCCCUCCACCACCACCUCCUCCUCCACGACCUCCUUCCCUGCCAUCCUUCACCCCACCAGCGACGCAAACGCUACUACGACCAUUAGAUCAACGUGAUAUAUCGUCUAGUCACUUAGCCGCACCACACCACGGUCACAAUGCUAGAGGUCAUGGCGAUGAUCGUGAAAGCUUCUUCAGUUCCUCGGAGGAGAGCGAUACCACGGGUUUUGAUGCAAACGGGGAGCCAGACUCUUUUCAGCACCUAACAGAGAACUAUCUCGAAUUGCGAAAUGAACGAUCAGCACUGUCAAUGGUCUUCGACACGGCCAAAUCGCAUCAAGCGCAAGUUCGCAGCAUGCGGCGGAAUGAGGCUGAGGCCAGUCGAAAAUUCAUGGCUAUGGUUCAAACAUCCCUACCUGCAGAGCAAUGUCAUCAAUUGCAUCAACUAUUCAAAGUCAUGCAGGAUUCUCAACAGGCGCGCCAGAAAGCCGAGGAACGCUUUGACCAGACCAUAAAUGAGUUAUACCGUGGCCAGGAUAACUUAGGGUCGCACGAGGAAAUUUUCUACAACACCAUCACAAGAACGCUAGGGAUAGCACUCUUUAAUAAUAUUAAUAACGAUCGCGAUGAUCACUCCGAAAACAGUGAUGAUUGGGCCUUACGUGGCAUUACUGGCGACCGCCCAGAGACGUUCCAUCCACUUUAUGAAAAGCUUCGUGUAGCGUUCGGGGAAUUGCAAUUAGCGAGAGAGCUUUUGACAAAUACACAAAUGAAGCGGGAUAGGCUUCAUGCCCGGAAAGCCCAAAUAUUCACUGAAGAUAGCUUGGACGUCCUCGAAACUUACGGAGAUGUGGGUAAGAAGAAGGCACAUGAGCUGAGAGCUAUGGUGCACAUGACGGAGGAGGAUAAUGAACAGCUACGAGAAUAUGACGAGCUAGAGCGGGACGCAAAGCAAGAUAUUGAGAUAUAUACUGAAAAGAUGAUAAUAUUGCAGCGAGAGUGCAGGGAAAAUGGCGUGUUACCUCAAUCAUCCUACUUCCAGCAGGAAGGCUUUGGAGUUGACUCUUCUUACCGAGACGAGAUCCGCCUUGUACCUGGUUCGUUUGACAGCAAUGACGAGACAGCCACGUUGGCACAUCCCGUCUUCCCUCACAUCCUCUCUAAUCCAACCCACUUGCUUCAUGGGUUUCCGCAGACCGCCCUGCAAUCUCUCAAGAUGGCUAUUCAGCUCCCACUCGAUGCGCCAGUAAGGGCCAAGAAAAUCAAGGAAGCUGCGCGCGAAGCAAAUAUGCACACUCUUCUAUCAAAUGUCAAGUCCGAGAAUAAGAGCGACUAUAUUAAUGGCUGGUUACUGCACAAGCUCCAUCACUCCGCCCUGGAGGCCGAGCUGCUUUGGACAACGUUCCGGUCCAGGCUGACAAUCCUGGACAUCGACCGUUGGCAAGGGGAUGUGAUUAAAUUUUGGUGGCUUGACAACUCUGUGGACCCCGUGUCAGUGAAUAUCGGAAAUAAUCACACCGACAAAGCUUCAGUAUUCGCCGGCUCUUGUAGGGAAAUCAAUAAGUUUCCUCAUUCUGACUCUGGGCAGUUAGAUGGUCUCAGAACUUGGAAUCUGGACGACUCGUGGCCAUGAAAACGCCACAUCGACAUGCCUACCUACUAUGGUGUCUAGGAUGCGUGUGCAUAUGUAAUGCCGUAUCAUGUGUCAAUCAGAGAUUGUACGAUACACAGUGUCUUUUCUCUCUCUUUUGUCUGGAUAGAGGUGUAUUAGGUUGAUUUACAAAUUCCCCCCCACGCUACAUGAUGAUACCCAUUAGUUUAGUUCUAUCAUUAUUUUUGCCUCUUUUACGU